AUGGAGUCUUGUGGUUUGAAUUCGAUAUCCAGUUGCAGUAGAUCAGGUUCGUCUUCUGCAGCUAAUUGUCAAUUGAAUUCGAGGGCCAGGCAGCAGAGAAAGCAGAGGAGAUGCUGGUCACUUGAAUUGCAUCGGCGUUUUGUCAAUGCUCUGCAACAACUUGGAGGUGAACAAGUUGCUACUCCUAAGCAGAUCAGAGAUCUUAUGCAAGUUGAUGGUCUCACAAAUGAUGAAGUUAAAAGUCAUCUGCAGCAUGGUGAAUCCUUUAAAAAAAGCAAUUCCCAGUCGGGUUCUCCUCAGGGUCCUCUACAGUUACCUGGAUCGUCUCGAGGGACUUCCAUGACCGGAGGGAAUAGCAUGGAAGAUGAAGAUGAUGAAAAGUCGGAGAGCCACAGCUGGAAAAGUCACAUUCACUUGUGUGGAAGAGACGACGCAUAG